AUGAAUUCACGUAUGGAAUUCACCGACAGAGGCGAGAAGGCCGUGCAGGACGCGAUGGCCCUCGCCGAGCAGUACGCCCACUCCCAGCUGCUGCCCGUCCACCUCGCAGUCUCACUUCUCGACCCCCCGGCAGACCUAUCCAAGGAUCAACAAAACGGUCCACAGCAGACAUCCUCAAUGUUCCGGCAGGUUAUCGAGCGCGCACACGGCGACCCUCAAGCUUUCGACAGAGCACUCAAGAAGACACUGGUGCGUCUGCCGAGCCAAGACCCGCCACCAGACCAGGUCUCCGUGGCGCCCACCUUCCACGCCGUCCUCCGCAAGGCUCAGGAACUGCAGAAGACGCAAAAGGACAGCUUCAUCGCUAUCGACCACCUCAUCCAAGCUCUUGCCGAAGACCACACGAUACAGACCUGUCUGAAGGAGGCGAACAUCCCUAAGGCGAAGCUUGUGCACGAUGCCGUCACCCAGAUUCGCGGCACGAAGCGGGUGGACAGCAAGAAUGCUGACACCGAGGAGGAGCACGAGAACCUUGCCAAGUUCACCAUCGACAUGACGGCCUUGGCCCGAGACAAGAACAUGGACCCGGUCAUUGGCCGCGAGGAGGAGAUCCGGAGAGUUGUACGGAUCUUGUCCCGCCGGACGAAGAACAACCCCGUCCUCAUUGGUGAGCCCGGUGUCGGUAAGACUACCGUCGUCGAGGGUCUCGCCCAGCGCAUCGUCAACCGCGAUGUGCCCGACAACCUCAAGGCCUGCAAGCUGCUGUCGCUUGACGUCGGCGCCUUGGUGGCCGGAAGCAAGUACCGCGGAGAGUUUGAGGAGAGGAUGAAGGGUGUUCUGAAGGAGAUUGAGGACUCCAAGGAGAUGAUUGUCCUCUUCGUCGACGAGAUCCACUUGCUGAUGGGUGCGGGCUCAUCCGGCGAGGGCGGCAUGGACGCUGCGAACUUGUUGAAGCCCAUGCUUGCCCGUGGUCAACUACACUGCAUCGGUGCGACUACCCUCGCUGAGUACCGCAAGUAUGUUGAGAAGGAUGCUGCUUUCGAGCGUCGUUUCCAGCAGGUCCUUGUAAAGGAACCCAGCAUCGGCGAGACCAUUUCCAUUCUCCGUGGUCUCAAGGAGCGAUACGACAGACACCACCGCGUCACGAUUCUCGACAACGCCUUGGUAGCAGCCGCCAACCUUGCUGGACGCUACCUCACUUCCAGGAGACUUCCCGACUCGGCCAUCGACCUGGUCGAUGAGGCCGCCGCCGCUGUCAGAGUCGCAAGAGAGUCUCAACCCGAAAUCAUCGACUCUCUCGAGCGCAAGCUCCGUCAGAUCAUGAUCGAGAUUGCCGCUUUGGAGAAGGAGAAGGACGAGGCUUCCCAGACUCGCCUGAUCCAGGCGAGAAAGGAUGCCAAGAACGUCGAGGAGGAGUUGGAACCUCUCCGCCAAAAGUACCUCAGCGAGAUCAAGAGAGGCGAGGAGAUCCACUUGGCAAAGACGAAGCUCGACGAGCUCGAGAAGCGUCUUGAGGAUGCCGCAAACGCCGGUAACCAUGCCAAGGCUGCCGACCUUCAGUACGGCGCCAUCCCCGAGCAGCGCGCGGUCAUCAAGGAGCUCGAGGCCAAGAAGGCCGCCGCCGACGCUGCUCUCAACGCCACCGGCCAGGACCACAACGCUAUGGUUACCGAUGUGGUCACCGCCGACCACAUCAACGAGAUCGUGUCCCGCUGGACUGGUAUCCCUGUCACUCGCCUCAAGACGAGUGAAAAGGAGAAGCUUGUCAACAUGGAGAAGGUUCUCGGCAAGGUCGUCGUCGGCCAGAAGGAAGCCGUCCAGGCCGUUUCCAACGCCAUCCGCCUUCAGCGGUCUGGUCUCAGCAACCCCAACCAGCCACCCAGCUUCCUGUUCUGCGGUCCCUCUGGUACCGGUAAGACUCUCCUGACCAAGGCCCUUGCCGAGUUCCUCUUCGACGACCCCAAGGCCAUGAUCCGCUUCGACAUGUCCGAGUACCAGGAGAGACAUGCUCUUAGCAGGAUGAUUGGUGCUCCCCCGGGAUACGUCGGCCACGAUGCCGGUGGUCAGCUCACCGAGGCCCUCCGCCGCAAGCCUUUCUCCAUCCUCCUCUUCGAUGAGGUGGAGAAGGCUGCCAAGGAGGUACUCACCGUCCUCCUCCAGCUCAUGGACGACGGCCGUAUCACCGACGGCCAAGGUCGUAUUGUCGACGCCAAGAACUGCAUCGUCGUCAUGACGUCCAACUUGGGUGCCGAGUACCUCACCAAGUCCACCAACCGUGAGGGCAAGGUCGACCCGACGACCCGCGAGCUUGUCAUGAACGCGCUCCGCAGUUAUUUCUUGCCCGAGUUCCUCAACCGUAUCAACUCGACCGUCAUCUUCAACCGUCUCACCCGCCGCGAGAUCCGCAAGAUUGUCGACAUCCGUCUGCAGGAGAUCCAGAAGCGGCUGGAGGACAACAACCGCAAGGUCAUCAUCGACGUGUCGGACGAGGCCAAGGACUACCUCGGCAACGCCGGCUACUCGCCCGCCUACGGUGCUCGUCCACUGUCCCGCCUGAUCGAGAAGGAGGUCCUCAACAAGCUGGCCAUCCUGAUCCUGCGGGGCAACGUUCGCGAUGGCGAGACCGCUCGCGUCGAGCUCAUCAACGGCAGACUGGUUGUCCUGCCCAACCACCAGGACAGCGAGCUCAACACGGACGACGAUGACAUGGAUUCGGACGAUGCUGUCGACGAGCUCGUCGCAGAUGAGAUGGAUGAGGACAUUUACGACUAA